AACAUGGCGGAAGGGCCCGGGGCGCGCAGGAGAGCGCCGCGGCGGCCAACGGCGUCCGAGGAGCUGUAGCCCACGCCUCAGCAGCAGCAGUCGCCGCCGCCGCAGGGCGAGGUCGCCGCCAUGGCCCGCUGGAUCCCGACCAAGAGGCAGAAGUACGGGGUUGCCAUCUACAACUACAAUGCUUCUCAAGAUGUGGAACUCUCCUUGCAAAUUGGUGACACUGUCCACAUCCUGGAGAUGUAUGAGGGUUGGUACAGAGGAUAUACCCUGCACAAUAAGUCCAAAAAGGGUAUCUUCCCUGAAACGUAUAUCCAUUUGAAAGAAGCAACUGUGGAAGACAGAGGGCAGCACGAGACCGUGAUUCCUGGUGAGCUCCCACUGGUACAGGAGCUCACAACCACUCUGCGAGAAUGGGCGGUCAUCUGGCGCAAGCUUUAUGUGAACAACAAGGUCACACUAUUCCGGCAGCUGCAGCAGAUGACGUACAGUCUGAUCGAGUGGCGGUCCCAGAUCCUGUCUGGGACGCUCCCCAAGGACGAACUGGCAGAGCUCAAGAAGAAGGUCACUGCCAAAAUUGAUCAUGGGAACAGAAUGCUGGGGUUAGAUCUGGUGGUGCGAGAUGACAACGGGAACAUUUUGGACCCAGAUGAAACCAGCACCAUUGCUCUCUUCAAGGCCCAUGAAGUGGCCUCAAAAAGGAUUGAGGAAAAGAUCCAAGAAGAAAAGUCCAUUCUGCAGAACCUGGACUUGAGGGGCCAGGUCAUCUUCAGUGCCGUGCACACUUACGGCCUCUACGUGAACUUCAAGAACUUUGUCUGCAACAUUGGGGAAGACGCAGAGCUGUUCAUGGCCCUCUACGACCCAGACCAGUCCACUUUCAUCAGUGAGAACUAUCUAAUUCGCUGGGGUAGUAACGGGAUGCCCAAGGAAAUAGAGAAGCUUAAUAACCUUCAAGCAGUGUUUACUGACCUCAGCAGCACAGACCUCAUCCGGCCCCGCAUCAGCCUCGUGUGCCAGAUUGUCCGGGUGGGCCACAUGGAGCUGAAGGAGGGCAAGAAGCACACCUGUGGGCUGCGAAGACCCUUUGGAGUGGCAGUGAUGGAUAUUACUGAUAUCAUACAUGGGAAGGUGGAUGAUGAAGAAAAGCAGCAUUUUAUUCCCUUUCAGCAAAUUGCUAUGGAGACCUAUAUUCGACAAAGGCAGCUCAUCAUGUCACCUUUGAUACCAUCAAGCGUGAUUGGAGAGAAUGAGCCACUCACUUCAGUCUUGAAUAAAGUGAUAGCAGCAAAGGAAGUGAAUCACAAAGGACAAGGACUUUGGGUAUCCCUGAAGCUAUUACCGGGUGACCUCUCACAGGUUCAGAAGAAUUUUUCACACUUGGUUGAUAGAUCAACAGCAAUAGCUCGAAAAAUGGGCUUUCCUGAAAUAAUACUGCCAGGAGAUGUUCGUAAUGAUAUUUACAUCACCUUGAUUCAUGGAGAGUUUGACAAAGGGAAAAAGAAGACACCCAAGAACGUAGAGGUGACCAUGUCUGUAUAUGAUGAGGAGGGCAACCUCUUAGAGAAAGCAAUUCACCCUGGAGCUGGCUAUGAAGGCGUUUCAGAAUACAAAUCAGUGGUCUAUUACCAAGUGAAGCAGCCCUGUUGGUAUGAGACUGUCAAGGUCUCCAUUGCGAUAGAAGAGGUCACACGCUGUCAUAUAAGAUUCACCUUCCGGCAUAGGUCAUCUCAAGAAUCCAGAGAUAAAUCAGAGCGAGCCUUUGGGGUAGCCUUUGUGAAGCUGAUGAACCCGGACGGCACCACUCUGCAGGAUGGGAGACAUGAUCUGGUGGUUUAUAAGGGUGACAAUAAGAAAAUGGAAGAUGCUAAAUUCUAUCUGACCAUGCCUGGAACCAAAGUGGAAAUGGAAGAAAAAGAGCUCCAAGCAUCCAAAAACCAAACCACCUUUACUCCAAGCAAGGACAGCACAAAAGAUAGCUUUCAGAUCGCCACCCUCAUUUGCUCCACAAAGCUCACCCAGAAUGUUGACCUGUUAGGUUUGUUGAAUUGGCGUUCCAACUCCCAGAACAUUAAGCACAACCUAAAGAAGUUAAUGGAGGUGGAUGGAGGAGAGAUUGUGAAGUUUUUGCAAGAUACACUCGAUGCACUUUUUAACAUAAUGAUGGAAAUGUCAGACAAUGAAACAUAUGACUUCCUUGUGUUUGAUGCACUGGUGUUUAUAAUUUCACUGAUAGGAGACAUCAAGUUCCAGCAUUUUAAUCCUGUACUUGAAACCUACAUUUACAAGCAUUUCAGUGCCACUUUGGCAUAUGUGAAACUCUCCAAGGUGCUGAACUUUUACGUGGCUAAUGCAGAUGACUCCAGCAAGACAGAACUACUUUUUGCUGCUUUGAAAGCCUUGAAGUACUUGUUUAGAUUCAUCAUCCAAUCACGAGUUCUCUACCUGAGAUUUUAUGGCCAGAGCGAAGAUGGAGAUGAAUUUAAUAAUUCAAUCCGCCGGUUAUUUCUUGCUUUCAAUAUGCUAAUGGACAGGCCUCUGGAGGAAGCUGUCAAGAUCAAGGGGGCAGCUUUGAAGUACCUUCCCAGCAUAAUUAAUGACGUCAAACUGGUGUUUGAUCCCACAGAGCUCAGUGUGCUCUUCUGCAAGUUCAUUCAGAGCAUUCCCGACAACCAGUUAGUUCGGCAAAAACUCAACUGCAUGACCAAGAUAGUCGAGAGCAGUCUUUUUCAGCAGUCAGAGUGCAGAGAAGUGCUGCUGCCGCUGCUGACCGACCAGCUGAGCGGCCAGUUAGAUGACAACUCCAGCAAGCCUGACCAUGAGGCCAGCUCACAGCUCCUGAGCAACAUCCUGGAGGUGCUGGACAGGAAGGAUGUGGGCCCCACGGCCUCGCACAUAAAGAUGAUAAUGGAGCGGCUGCUGAGAAGGAUCAACCGGACGGUCAUUGGGAUGAACCGGCAGUCUCCCCACAUCGGGAGUUUCGUGGCUUGCAUGAUUGCAAUCCUACGGCAGAUGGAAGACAGCCACUACAGCCACUAUAUCAGCACUUUCAAAACCAGGCAAGACAUCAUUGACUUUCUCAUGGAAACUUUUAUCAUGUUUAAGGAUCUGAUUGGAAAGAAUGUCUAUGCCAAAGAUUGGAUGGUCAUGAAUAUGACGCAGAGCAGGGUUUUCCUCCGUGCCAUAAAUCAGUUUGCUGAGGAGCUCACGAAAUCCUUCAUGGAUCAGGCAGGCUUUGAACUUCAGCUCUGGAACAAUUACUUCCAUUUGGCUGUAGCAUUUCUCACCCAUGAGUCCCUUCAACUUGAAACCUUCUCACAAGCCAAGCGCAGCAAAAUUGUAAAAAAAUAUGGGGACAUGAGAAAGGAAAUCGGCUUUAGAAUCCGGGACAUGUGGUAUAACCUGGGUCCCCACAAAAUCAAAUUCAUCCCGUCCAUGGUGGGUCCUAUCCUGGAGGUCACUCUGACCCCUGAAGUAGAGCUCCGGAAAGCCACCAUCCCCAUUUUCUUUGAUAUGAUGCAGUGUGAGUUCAAUUUCAGUGGAAAUGGCAAUUUCCAUAUGUUUGAAAAUGAGUUGAUCACAAAGCUGGACCAAGAGGUAGAAGGGGGCAGAGGAGAUGAACAAUACAAGGUUCUUCUGGAAAAACUGCUCUUGGAACACUGCCGGAAACAUAAAUACCUCUCCAGUUCUGGGGAAGUCUUUGCCCUCCUGGUCAGCAGUCUCUUGGAGAAUCUGUUGGACUACAGAACCAUCAUCAUGCAUGACGAGAGCAAGGAAAACCGCAUGAGCUGUACUGUUAAUGUGCUGAACUUUUAUAAAGAAAAGAAGAGAGAGGACAUCUACAUAAGGUAUUUGUACAAGCUUCGUGAUCUGCACCGGGACUGUGAGAACUACACAGAAGCUGCCUACACGCUUCUCUUACAUGCUGAGCUCCUGCAGUGGUCUGACAAGCCCUGUGUACCCCAUUUGCUUCAGAGGGACAGUUACUAUGUUUAUACCCAGCAAGAGCUUAAAGAGAAGCUCUAUCAAGAAAUCAUAUCAUAUUUUGACAAAGGCAAGAUGUGGGAGAAGGCCAUCAAACUGAGCAAAGAGCUGGCUGAGACGUACGAGAGCAAAGUAUUUGACUACGAGGGCCUUGGCAAUCUCCUGAAAAAAAGAGCCUCGUUUUAUGAGAACAUCAUUAAGGCAAUGAGGCCUCAGCCCGAAUACUUUGCUGUGGGAUACUACGGACAGGGCUUUCCAUCUUUCCUUCGGAAUAAGAUCUUCAUCUAUCGGGGGAAGGAGUAUGAGAGGCGAGAAGACUUCAGCCUGAGACUGCUGACCCAGUUUCCCAAUGCUGAGAAGAUGACAAGUACCACGCCCCCUGGGGAAGACAUCAAGUCCUCCCCAAAGCAGUACAUGCAAUGCUUCACUGUGAAGCCAGUGAUGAGCCUGCCUCCCAACUACAAGGAUAAACCAGUUCCAGAGCAGAUCUUAAACUACUACAGAGCCAAUGAAGUUCAGCAAUUCAGAUAUUCCCGGCCAUUCUGGAAAGGAGAAAAGGACCCGGACAAUGAAUUUGCUACCAUGUGGAUUGAACGGACCACGUAUACAACUGCAUAUACCUUUCCUGGGAUUCUCAAGUGGUUUGAAGUCAAACAGAUUUCAACAGAAGAAAUCAGCCCCCUGGAAAACGCCAUAGAAACCAUGGAGCUGACCAACGAGAGGAUCAGCAACUGUGUUCAGCAGCAUGCCUGGGACCGGUCGCUAUCUGUGCACCCCCUCUCCAUGCUGCUCAGUGGCAUCGUGGACCCAGCUGUCAUGGGGGGAUACUCCAACUAUGAAAAGGCAUUUUUUACAGAAAAAUACUCUCAGGAGCAUCCUGAAGACCAAGAGAAGAUUGAGUUGCUGAAGCGGCUGAUAGCAAUACAGAUGCCUCUACUGACAGAAGGGAUCCGCAUCCAUGGGGAGAAGUUGACCGAGCAGCUCAAACCACUGCAUGAUCGGUUGUCUUCUUGUUUCCGGGAACUCAAGGAGAAAGUGGAAAAGCUCUACGGAGUUAUAACGCUGCCUCCUAACUUGACCGAGCGGAAGCAGAGCCGCACGGGGUCCAUUGUGCUCCCCUACAUCAUGUCUUCCACCCUGCGGAGGUUGUCCAUCACCUCAGUGGCUUCCUCUGUGAUUUCAACCUCUUCAAACUCAUCUGAUAAUGCUUCUUCCAGACCAGGGUCUGAUGGGUCAGUCCUGGAGCCACUUUUGGAGCGCAGGGCCUCUUCAGGUGCCAGAGUUGAAGAUUUGUCCCUCAGAGAGGACAGUGAGAACCGGAUCAGCAAGUUCAAGAGGAAAGACUGGAGUCUGAGCAAGUCCCAGGUCAUUGCAGAGAAAGCUCCAGAACCUGAUCUGCUGAGCCCAGCCAGGAAAGCACAAAGGCCAAAGAGUCUGCAGCUGACGGACAGUCGGCUAACACCGUUCCAUGGUUCUUCCCCUCCUCAGUCAACACCCUUGAGCCCACCUCCACUCACUCCGAAAGCUGCCAGGACCCUAAGCUCCCCGUCUUUGCAGACAGAUGGGGUAGUGACUGCUCCUGUCCCGCCUCCACCUCCCCCCAAAAGCAAGCCCUAUGAGAGCAGCCAGAGGAAUUCUGCAGAGAUCGCUCCCCCAUUGCCUGUCCGAAGAGAAGCCAAAGCGCCACCCCCGCCCCCUCCAAAAGCUCGGAAAUCUGGCAUCCUUUCCUCUGAGCCUGGAUCCCAGUGAGCGUCUUGCCCUCUCUCUGAGACUCCGAGUGCCUUUGGACAGAUGCUGCCUGGGAAUGGGCCGCAGGGAGACUGUGUCCUCAUUUCAUGAACUCCAUGUCGACUGCCUUUCCUGAUUGGGAUGAGGUCCAGCUGGUUUUGUUCUUUCAAAACUCCCCUCUGAUAGGUGUGAGGCCAGGCCAAUCCCCUCCAGUCCACUCGGGAUUCCAGAACUGGCCGUAUCCUGUGCAUUUCAAAGGAGAGUUCUCUUUCACCGUCAUUGAGUUUCGGCAUCUACUGCAGAGACACCAGGGCUGAAUAAGCCUGGACCCAUUCUCCUGAAGCAGUGAAGCAGCUCCACUCAUCUACUCCCUGGAGGGAUUUCUUGCCUUGCUUCUGAAGAGCUGUGCUUGAGACAGCUGCUUUCCUCCCCGGGACAUACCUGUCCCAUCUAGCAUCUUGAAAGAGGUGGAUACCAAGUACAUUUUAGUGGCCAAGAUAAUCCUGUCUUUCUAAUGUCUACCAUGUCUCCUGUGAGGAAGAGAACACAACAUGUUUAACGCAGAUUGGCUCCCUUCAGAUGUGAUUGGGUCUCCUCAUUGAGAAAUGAGGAUUCACACGUGAGCCCUGAGCUCUAGCUAGCAUCCUCCACCGCCACCCACUUGAGGCACAGGAGAGCACCCCUCCUGGUCCACUGCCCUCACUGCAGUGCCACCGUUCUCCCAACUAAUGAUCCUCCUUGCAUGGCAUUCUCUCCUCAGACUGCAGAUCCUUUGACACGCUUCCUUUGCACACACAGUUUUUGUCCUGUUACGUCUUCUGCGCUCUAAUCACUGGCUGCAAUGGACUUAAGAGCCUGGGUUCAACAGCUUCUUUCCCAGAACCAAUGUGGAUAACUCAGUGGUCCCCGUCUGCUACCUGAUAUUUCCUUGGAGAAUACAGUGCAAUAUUUCCCUUGUCUUACUUAUUCCUCUUCAUGGUGGAACUGAUUUAAUUACUUGCUGAUGGUACUAAUGUCAGUGCUCCUUUCAGAAGAAAAAAUGGGGUGACUUAGAUGACCAAAUACUUCACACACAGAUAACCACACGAAGAUGCAAGCGUUGUAAGCUGGAAGAGCCUUAAAGGCCAUCCAAACCACCUCCUCAUUGUGAUGAGGAAACAGGCUACCCACAUAAAGAUGUACUACAGAUGCUUACUAACAAUCCAGCAUGCUACAGGCUACACCCAGAUAACACUUAGAUCCUCAAGACAGCGCUGACAGACUAAUAUCUACUCCUCAUUGGAAUAAUAUUUGAAAUGUCCCAGAUAUUUCUAUGCACUACUGAGGUAUUUGUGGCAAAGCAGAAAGCUUUCGACUGUGACUCCCGCAGGUCAACAUAGAGGGAAGCUCACCUGGGGCCCCUCUCACGACCUUGCAAGGAGGGGAGAGAGCAGGGAAAGAAAGUUCAACUGUGAGAAUUUGCAUUUGCCUCUUUGAUUGUGUGCCUUGUUCACCACUACCCUUUGUAGGAGAGACAUGCAGGUUCAUCACAGGGAUCGAGGAAGCAAAACCUCUGAGACAUGUGCAGUGUGCUAGUCAAGAAAUCCAUAUGCAUGUUCUAGAAGCACUGUGGAGAAGGUUGUUCUUUACCCUACCCAUGGGAGCCUUCACUGUGAUAACAUAGAAAAGGCCUAAGCUUUGGACCUGAAGACUUUCGGUUUCAUCAUAUCCCAGUCAUGGCAUCUGUUCACUUUCCAGGCCCCUGCAAAGUAUUUGAAAUUGAGCUUUCAUUUUCUCACCUUCCAAAAGUGGGGAUGAUACCUCCCACACGGAUUGUUAUAAAGUGUAAAUGAGGUGGAAUAUAUGAAGGAGUGAUGGUCCUUUCUUCUCCUUGAGGCCUGAGCAGGAUCUGGAAUUCUGUACAAGCAUUAGUGAUAUUCUUUUCUUUGUUGAUUCAAGGCUAUUUGCAAUGUGAGUGCGGGUUAGCUCUGCACAUAAAGUCCUUCUCCAAAAGAUGCCAUCUUUUGGAGCCUUUUGUUUAAUUACCUAUGACAGAGUCAAAGUAUUAAUAAGAACUGAAGAGGGUUAUAAGUGGAAAGAGCUCAAAGUCUCCAGAGGAAGGACACAGGCAACAGAAUAAUUAUGUGGGGCUCACGUGGAGCUUGGAGCAACUUCGGAGAAGUCACCUCGCAGACUGGCAGAAGGGCUUUGGAUGCCUCACUCUACUUUUCAGGAUGCCAUUAAAAUAGGAAGAUGGGAAUCUGAGUCAGAAAGAAACCCCAAACCUCAAGGCUGUGCUUCCACAGGAGAAGUGAGUCUUUGAGCAGAGGCUGGGGACCUAUCACCAUGUAUCCACAUGAUCCGUCAGUGGCCAGAUACUGUCUGUUUUUCAGUUGAGCAUAUUUUCCUUACCACCUUAAUGAAAAUACUAGCCUUCUCCUGCCUGUACACAAAGGACCUCAGGUAGCGUAGUAGGGUAGACAACAGAGGCCAUCAGAAAGUCCAUUUCCUAGGGAAGCUAUUGGGUGUGAAAGAGUUACAUUUGACAAAAAGUCAUGUCUGUCUUGAAGUCAAAAAAAUGCUUUAUGAUUAAAUUAAAUAUAGAAGAGGUGAGGAACAGGGGAAAAACAGAGAAACAACUGGUUUUUAUUUUCCUUGCUGAAAAUCUAGAGUAUUGGAACAUAGUAAAAUUAGCCCCAAAGUUAAGUUGCCACAACCUUAUGAAUAUCGGUUUCUAGUUUGUGGUUGGUGUGUUGUUAUUUAAUCAUUUUUAUCUUCCUUGACUGGUGACUUGUCUUGCUUCCAGGUUUUUUGUGUUUUGUUUUUUAUUUUCUGUUGAAAGAAUUGUUUCACUCAACACAUACUAAGUUCUUACUGAACAUCAGAUAUGUUACUAGCCCCUGAGAAUGAAGCAAUUCAACCUGUGCAGUGGAAACAGCCCCAGUAUACAAAGACUGUUGACUCUGCGUGUGGUAGGAUUGGAAAAUAAGUGAUAAUAGAUAUUAGAUAACAAAACCCUAAAUAAGGCUGCUGGGCCUUAAUCCCUUUUCUCCAGCAUUGUAGCCAUGGUCUCCUGCCAAGGAAACCCAUGAAAAGCUGUAGCCACAUUGAAAUCCAUAAGAUAAAACAAUGUAUAAAAAUCAGGAUUUGUGAUAAUAAUCAACCUUUGUUAACUCUUACCAAGCUGGAUGAGUUUGUUCCCUCAAGCACUCCCAGAUCAUGGGAGUGAUGUCUUACUUUAAAAAUGAGAUGGAACUGACCUACAGCUAAAUGCACAAAUCUUAGGUGUGCAGAUGGAAGAAUUUCCAUAUAGUUCCACACCUGAGUCACCAUAACUCAGAUACAACAUGAGAACUAUUUCCAGCGCAAGGCUGUUCAAAAUUGUGCCUGCUUUCUCACACUUCUCAGGUGUAAUGAAAGGGAGAAAAACCUCACUAUCAACAUAAGACUAUAAAGAUUGUGUUUGCAGUCCCUCCCCCAGCCUCAAUUUCCUCAUCUGCUAAAAAAUAUAUAUACGAGGCCACAUGAUCUUUAGAAUUCUUUGGGCCCCAAAUUCUUUCAUUCUAAGUGAAUAAAAAAGUAGUGUCUGAAGAAAAUUAAAUUUCUUUGUAAAGGCUUUUAGAUCCAAAUACUAGACUCUGCAUUUUUCAUCCCAACUUGGUGCUUUGACCCAGCCAUACCAGGCUGUUAAGAUCAAAAGAGGUAUGUACAUUAAAGUUCAUGAGUCUGCCUGUGAUAAUGCAGCAGACAUUGAAAACUUGACGUAAAUUCCCAUAAUUCUCCAUACUAAUGUAUAGACAGUGUCAUUUUCACAGUAAUCUUCGGCCUUCACACCCUGGUCCACUCCACUGUAUACUUUAUUUUAAUAAUCACACUUUCUUCCCCUCAUAUCAUUUGGGAAAUUGGCAGAUAUCACUUUCCUGGAAACUUUAAUUCAGCUGUAAGUCUGUUUUUGAAAUUAAAUUGGAAAAGGUAAGUUUCUGUUGGGAUAGGCUGAGUUGAAUCAUUCAUUCUAAUCUACAAAAAAGAAAAAUAUUUUUUUCAUCCAUUUAAUGGUUCCAGGCUGACUGAUUUCAGAUCCAACCAAAGCUUCUCUUCAGUACACAUGCCCACACUCAUCCAUGAGUUGAAUCUUGUGAGUUGCUUAUACAGAUUUUGUCACAAAUUCCUUUGCCACAAUUCUGUAACUAAUUCAGUUGCAAAUAUGAGUAGUUAGGAUGUGUGCAUCGAAGUAGAAUUUUGUCAGAUUUGCUAUUAUUUAUUUUUUAAAUUAAAAACAGAAAUGUGUUUUG